GUUUAUCCCUGUUCAGGACUAGCAGCCAUGGCUGAAAUCAAGACAGGAAUAUUCGCGAAAAACGUCCAGAAAAGGCUCAGCAGAGCACAGGAGAAGGUUCUUCAGAAGUUGGGAAAAGCAGACGAGACCAAAGAUGAACAGUUUGAGCAGGUCGUCGUCAACUUCAAGAGACAGGAGUCCGAAGGCUCCAGGCUGCAGAGAGAGAUGAAGGCCUACAUGGCUGCCAUUAAAGGCAUGCAGCAGGCGUCCAUCAACCUAUCAGAGUCUCUCCAUGAGGUGUACGAGCCUGACUGGUAUGGCAAAGACGAUGUCAUGGUCCUUGGUAAGGACAGUGAUGCAUUGUGGGAAGAUUUCCACAAUAAGCUGGUGGAUUCCACACUGCUCAACCUGGACGGCUACCUGACGCAGUUCCCUGACCUCAAGACCAGGGUGGCCAAGAGGAGCAGGAAGCUGAUCGACUACGACAGCGCUCGCCAUCACAUGGAGACGCUACAGGCGUCGGGGAUGAAGAAUGACCGCAAGAUGGUGAAGGCAGAAGAAGAGUUGAAAAAAGCUCAAAAGGUCUUUGAUGAACUAAACGUUGGUCUCCAAGAUGAACUGCCCACACUUUGGGACAGCCGCGUGGGGUUCUACGUGAACACGUUUAAGAACGUGACCAGCCUGGAGGCCAAGUUCCAUCGGGAGAUCUCUCUGCUCUGCAAGCAGCUUUAUGAAGUGAUGACGAAGCUUGGAGAGCAGCAUUCAGACAAGAUGUUCACCAUCCAAGGAGCACCAAGUGAUUCGGGACCGCUCCGUCUAGCCAGAACCCCGUCCCCGCCCGACGAUGAUGACGACAGUCCCCCGACCAGCCCGGAGAUGGGAACCAACCACAUGCUGAUGCCCCACUCACCCGGACCUCCGCGACCCAAAUCCCCCAUGCAGGGUCCCCCGGUGCCUCCUCCCCCCAAGGCCACGCCCACCCGGGAGGUGGCCCAGGAGCAGAUCAUCGACCUGUUUGGAGGGGACUUCCUACCAGCGCCCACGCCCUCACAGCCCAAUGAGCGACCCGGAGAAUCACUCAUGGAUCUGGACUUUGAUGCCUUCCAGCCGGACGACAGCGUGUCGCCCAUACCUCAGACAGCUGUCCCUUGGGAUAUGUGGUCGGGAAGUGCUCAACCAGCACAACCUGGGACCAAUGCUUUUAAUGGAUUUGCUCAGGAGGAAGCUGGAUCCUCGUUCUUUGCAGACUUUGAUAACAUGAAGGACAGCGGGGACGCGGUCAAAAGCCCCCUCACCACCAACACAGCAGCCCCAUUGGUCGAUGAAGCGGCCGCCGAAGCGCCCGCCGCGACGGUGUUGGCGAGCGAGGAGGACGAGCCGCUGGUGGAGGCUACCUCCCCAUUGGAGGCUGAGGCAGAGGGGGCGGAGGCAGCGGGCGACGUGCCGGAAGAUGUCACCGCAGCAACGGCAGAAGAACCGGUGGAUCGAUCCAGCGCCGAGGCCCAGGCGGAGGAGGUUGACGCCAGCCCGACGGAGGCAGUGGUGGUGGAGGAGGUGAAGGAGGAGGUGAAGGAAGAAGUGACAGAGGAGGUGAAGGACGAGGUGAAGGAAGUAGUGACAGCGGAGGUGAAGGAGGAGGUGAAGGAGGUCACCCCCACAAGUCCAAAGGAAGAGGAGAAGCUGUCUUCCCCAGUGUCUGCUCCUGUGGAGGUGGCUGUCCCAGAGCCAGACAUUAUACAGAUCCCCACUGCCGAGGAGGACAAGAUGACUUCAUCCAGCGAAACAGACCCUCUGGAAUCUGCCACGACCCCAGAGGAGCGGAGAGAGAGCCCCAUGGAGGACAGCUCGAAAACGAUGCCUAUCCCUUCCGUGGUGAUUGAACCCGCGUCCAGUAACGAGGGUGAUGACGACCGCGACGUGGACAUCAUUUCCCCCGUCGCCGCCAUCAGUGACAACGGCGUCAUGGCGACAGAAGCCAAGGUGUCCGGAGCCGCCGCUGGUGGCCAUGGGCUGCCCGACGGCUUCCUCUACAAGGUGGAGACGAUGCACGACUUUGAGGCGGCAAACUCUGAUGAGCUGGAACUGAAAAGGGGGGAUAUGGUCCUGGUGGUGCCCACAGCCUUACUGGAGGACCAGGAUGCCGGCUGGCUAACAGGGUUCAAGGAGAGCGACUGGAAGACGCUCGGGACUGCUGCCCCUCGAGGACUUUUCCCCGAGAACUUCACACAGCGGGUGGACUAAAAAGAGGGAAAAAAUAAAAAAGGGAUCCCCCGGGAGUGGGAGAGGAGCGCUCGGGAGGGAGAGGAACGCAUGACCAUGCUUCCCAGUCUUAAAACAUGUAGCUGUGUUCUGAACCCCACUCGUACCACCGGUACGCAGCAGGGGAAAAAUAACAACAGGUGAAUCAUCGCGGAAAAAAUGUAAUUUUAACCUCCGAGAAAAACCAUACAGCAGUAUAAGAAACACUAGUAUAUACUCCAAGUUAGCAAAGUAAAACAAAAACAACGACACAAGCAUGACGUGAUUAAUAGGUCGAUCCCUCCUUUUGAAUCCGAGAAAUGUGUUUGUGUGUAUGUUGGAGAAAUAUGUAAGAAGUGAUGUGCGUGUGUGUGUGGUUGUGUUUGUUUGGGAGCAUGGGGACCACUACACCACCCAACCCCACCCCAACCCCCGACCCCCCCUCUCCCAUCUGUUACCAGAUAAAGAAACCGUGGAAGAUGUCGUCCUGAUUGCUAACGUGACCUUCUCCUCUUCCGCUCAGAGUGUCUUGUUAUUGGUUGCGACGGAGCAGCCCAGCAGUCCGUAUCGAUGUGAUCUCUCUUUAACCCUUUUCACCUGAGUGUUUACAUGAGGCAUUUCAGUGUUUCUUUGAAUAAAACCGUUGUUACGUUGUUACCCAGCAGCCGUUGUUAGUGUAACGUUGUCGUGGAAGCGCCGCCGGGAUGCGGCAGUUGGUCGAUGACUCGGGCGCUUGACGCGUGGAAUGGUGCGUCGGCCGUCAUUGAGGUUUAUGUUUUGCGGUGCUUUUGCCAAAAUGAAUUGACAAUAACUAUUUGGUCAUCUGAGCAUGUGCGUUUUAACAUGCAAAGGAUAUAUCUCACUCUUGAAAAAGUAAUAAAAGCGUAUCUUCCUGGUAUUAAAUGAAUCGUUGUAUAUCUUUUGAACCCGUUCCUAUUUUUCCUCCUGAAUAGAUGUUUAUAUAAUUUCAAGAGAUCUGCAUAAGAUAAACUCUGUGCUCAUAUAAAUGUACCUUUCUAUAUUUGAGUUUGUGUUCACAGGUACACGAUGUUUGAGUGAAAAAUAAACUGAUAUGCAGCUAUGUGUUAAAUUGUUGGACUUCACACAGUUGGGACUUUACAUAUAUCCGCAGUCCAACUGUGCAGUAGAUCAAUGAGUAUGACGUCACUUCCUCUUGUUCUACUGUAACCCCCUUUCCAUUGAUUUUUUGUGAUGUACAUACCUUGAUUAUUUACCUAAAG